CCUGGUACAACCUCCUCAUAUAAAACCAAAGGGUGACGAGUCAGAAGUCGUCAGAGAACAGGAACCCAAUGAUUCCCAUAUGUCCAGUAGUCUCCUUCACCUAUGUGCCCAGCCGGCUAGGUGAAGAUGCCAAAAUGGCUACCGGCAACUAUUUUGGAUUUACCCAUGGUGCUGCUGCGCAGUACAGUCAGCAGCCAGGCGCGGGGGUGUCUUACACCCACCCCACCACCGUGGCCAGCUACACUGUGCACCAAGCACCAGUGGCGGCCCAUCAGGUGGCGGCAGCCUAUGCCCCCACGGCCGCCACAGUUGCCGUAGCCAGACCGGCGCAGGUUGGUGUGGCAGCUGCUGCUUCGGCGGCAGCGUAUGGAGGGUAUCAGCCGGCUCACGCGGCCACUGACUACGCGUACGCUGCCCAGCGGCAGGCCGAGGUCCCCCCGCCCCCUCCCCCGGUCACGUCCCAGAACUAUCAGGACUCGUACUCGUAUGUGCGGUCCACAGCUCCCACGAUGGCCUACGACUGCAAACAGUACUACCAGCAGCCUGUAGCCACAGCUGCGGUGGCAGCCGCCACCGCCCAGCCACAGCCCAGCGUGGCAGAGUCCUACUACCAGACAGCUCCUAAAACAGGUUAUACCCAGGGUGUCACCCCCUACACCCAGAGCCAGCAGACGCGCCAAGUCACGGCCAUCAAGCCGGCCACCCCCAGCCCCGCCACCUCCACCUUCUCACUCUACCCGGUGUCCUCCGCGGUGCAGCCAGCCGCCGGUUCUGUGGUCCCGUCCUACUCCCAGAGUCCCACUUACAGUACAAAUGCUGUCACCUAUUCAGGUACGUCAUACUCGGGCUACGAGGCCGCUGUCUACUCUGCUGCCUCUUCCUACUACCAGCAGCAGCAGCAACAACAACAGCAGAAGCAGGCGGUGGCGGCUGCCGCAGCCACGGCCGCCUGGACAGGCAGCACCUUCACCAAAAAGAUGCCCUUCCAGAACAAGCAGCUGAAGCCCAAGCAGCCGCCCAAGCCGCCCCAGAUCCACUACUGCGACGUCUGCAAAAUCAGCUGCGCAGGCCCACAGACUUAUAAGGAGCAUCUCGAGGGCCAGAAGCACAAGAAGAAAGAGGCGGCGCUGAAGGUCUCUCAGAGCAGCAGCAACAGUGGGGCAGGCGGCUCUGGUACCUCAGCUCGCGGUACACAGAAUCAGCUGCGCUGCGAGCUCUGCGACGUGUCCUGCACAGGCGCCGACGCAUACGCUGCUCACAUCCGCGGUGCCAAGCACCAGAAGGUACCGCAGCACCGUCUGCCACUCUACCCUCAAACCCCACCUUUGCCAGGUUGGGUGACGUCAAUUGUGCAGUGGAGAAACUGUAGUGGACGCUGUGUCUACUACACUGAGCUGGAGGACAACGAGGCGUGA